AAUAUAAAAUUUAAAAUUUAGUCGACUUUAAUAUAAAAUUUUGGACACUGGACCUAGAAAUAAAACUAAAAUUGAUCAAGUUUUUGAUAAUAAUCGGCAAACAAGUUAUAACCAGUAAUCAGACAGCGAUGGCAUCGGAUAAUUGGUCUCAAGUUUGUUCACAAUUGCAAAGCGGUAACUAUAAGACAGUUCGUCUUCAAGACUCAAAAAUACGAUUAUUUUUUGGAGACAAUUAUUAUACAUUCACUUUGGGUGACAUAAGAAGCCUACAAACGAACCAAAUAUCGGAUCUCUUUCCCUAUGAUUUGAGUCCAAUUCAAGAAUGUUUCGAAAACAACGGCAAAACAUAUUAUAUAAGACAGAACCGACUGAUUGAAUAUAACGGUGCAAAUAUCGGACAAUCGCGGAGUUGGAAUCCAAAUCAGCCGACUAUCUCAUGUGUUGCCAUUAGAAUAAAUGGUUAUACCGUCGGCUUCUUUGUUCCGCCGAAUUCAUACAACUCGAUGUCCGGUCAGAGUAUGUCGUCCGCAAACAACAUACAAGUAAUAGCUUACGGCAGCAGUUCAUCCGUUUCAAUGUCCAACUAUAACGGUAAUCAACGAUUAAUAUACAAUGGAUGGCAAAUUCCCACUCAAUUCAACGCUUUCGUCGCCAAUUCAGACCAAUCGUUGACCUUCUUUAAUGGCAAUAAGUAUUGUAUUGUCUAUAAAAACGAUAACUCAAAUGGCUUUGUCUGGAGAGACGUCACCGCAUUGUUUGGCUGUUAAAAGGCAUCAAAUUAUUAAACAUUUGUUAUGAAAAUUAAUCACAUUUUUAUUUGUAAUUUAAUUUCAUUAUUAUUAAUAAUAAUAUUCUUAGAAAACAAA